CCUUCCAAAAAGAUACUUUCUUCCUCAACGAAGAAUGUUAAUAAAACCUUAAUAAAAAAAGAUAAUUCCCUAAGUAAAUUGGUGCAAGAACAGCAUAAAGCAGCUUUAGAGGAAGAUCCCACAGUAUUUUCUUAUGAUGAAGUGUAUGAUGAUAUGAAAGAUGCCGAAAGGAAGGCAAUACGAGAUUUUAAAGGUAUUGAAAGUAGCGCUUCUAAAAAGCCGAAAUAUGUAAAUGAUUUAUUAAAAGCUGCAGAAAUACGUAAAAGAGAUUAUAUUCAAGCUCAAGAACGUAAAAUACAAAAAGAACGAGAAGCGGAAGGAGAGGAAUUUAAUGAUAAGGAAUCAUUUGUCACUUCAGCAUAUAAAAUACAACAAGAGGAAUUAAGAAAAGCUGAAGAAGAGGAGAAAAAACGAGGCAAGUAA